CUCGUGGCGGAGAAGUUGGGCUGCUAAAUGUUGAGUCAACAUGUCCUCAGAUGAUGGUAGUAGUGGCCCAUGUCAAGCACCACCUUUUCCUGGUGUCCCGCCCUCAGGGAUGCCCCCGCCUUUUAUGGGACCGCCGGGAAUGCCACCUCACUUCCCACCAAUGGGAAUGCCACCCAUGGGCCAGAGGCCUCCCAACAUGGCUCCCAUGCCCCCAGGAAUGAUGCCACCCAUGAUGCCACCAAUGGGAGCUCCUCCAAUAGGACAGAUGCCAGGUAUGAUGCCACCAAUGAUGCCUGGGAUGAUGAUGCCCCCGCGAAUGCCAGCUGCGACGAUGCAGCCUACAGGCCCGGUUGGAGCAUCGGCAGUGGCGGUGCAGCCUGGUGUUAGUCCUGUGGAUACAGCAGGUACUGCUGCUCCAGGUACCGCUAGCACAGCAAAUGACUCUCCUCCAGAUGACCAGCCUAAGAAGAAAUCCGUGUGGACGGAGCACAAGUCUCUGGAUGGGAAAACCUACUACUACAACACCGAGACCAAGCAAUCUACCUGGGAGAAACCAGACGAACUCAAGACUCCUGCAGAGCAACUCCUGUCAAAGUGCCCGUGGAAAGAGUACAAGUCGGACGCAGGGAAGCCAUACUAUUACAACUCUCAGACCAAAGAGUCCCGCUGGACCAAGCCGAAGGAGCUGGAGGAUCUGGAAGCAAUGAUCAAGGCAGAGGAGAAUGGGACGGCGGACGUCGCAGCUCCUGGCACCGCACCCACUCUGGCAGCGCCGGCGGACACGCCAGUCGCUGAGGCUGUCGUUGCCGAGGUUGAUGUUGCCGUGACGACGAGCAUCGCAGAGGAACAGCCAACUCAGGUGCCCACACAGGGGGCAGAGGUCAUCACUGAGCAAACACCGACUGUGACUGAGGAAGUAACCAGCACAGAGACACCAGCCAGCAACGACACAUCUAAAGAGGAGAGGCCCGAGCUUGUGAAGAAAGUCUACAAGUGGAACACCAAAGAGGAGGCAAAGCAGGCUUUCAAAGAACUGCUCAAGGAAAAGGGAGUGUCGUCGAACGCGUCCUGGGAGCAAGCCAUGAAGAUGGUCAUUAAUGACCCUCGUUACAGUGCCCUGCCCAAACUAAGCGAGAAAAAGCAGGCGUUUAAUGCCUAUAAGGUUCAGACUGAGAAGGAGGAGAAGGAGGAAGCCAGGAUCAAGUACAAGGAGUCCAAAGAGACGUUCCAGCGCUUCCUUGAGAACCACGACAAAAUGACCUCCACCACCAGAUACAAGAAAGCGGAGCAGAUGUUUGGUGAUCUGGAGGUGUGGAGCUGUGUUCCAGAGAGAGACAGGCUGGAGAUAUAUGAAGACGUGCUGUUCUACUUGGCUAAGAAAGAGAAGGAGCAAGCCAAGCAGCUGAGGAAGAGGAACUGGGAGGCCCUGAAGAACAUUCUGGACAACAUGGCCAACGUUACCUACCGCACCACCUGGUCAGAGGCUCAGCAGUACCUGCUGGACAACCCCACCUUUGCUGAGGAUGAGGAGCUGCAGAACAUGGACAAGGAAGACGCUCUGAUUUGCUUUGAGGAGCACAUCCGUGCUCUGGAGAAGGAGGAGGAGGAGGAGAAGCAGAAAGCCCUACUGAGAGAGAGACGCAGGCAGCGCAAGAACAGGGAGAGCUUCCAGAAGUUUCUGGAUGAGCUGCAUGACCAUGGUCAGUUGCACUCCAUGUCUGCAUGGAUGGAGAUGUACCCAACCGUCAGCGCAGACAUACGCUUCGCCAGCAUGCUGGGCCAGCCAGGAUCUACACCGCUGGACUUGUUCAAGUUCUACGUGGAAGACCUCAAAGCUCGUUACCAUGACGAGAAGAGGAUCAUCAAAGACAUCUUAAAGGAUAAGGGCUUCCUGGUGGAGAUCAGCACCAGCUUUGAGGAUUUUGGCUCUGUGAUCAGCUCCGAUAAGAGGGCCACCACGCUGGAUGCCGGCAACAUCAAGCUGGCCUUCAACAGCCUGUUGGAGAAGGCGGAGGCGCGGGAGAGGGAGAGGGAGAAGGAGGAGGCCAGAAAGAUGAAACGGAAAGAGGCGGCCUUUAAGAGCAUGCUGAAGCAGGCCACGCCCCCUCUGGAGCCCGACACUUCAUGGGAGGGGGUAAGGGAGAGAUUCCUGAAGGAGCCUGCCUUUGAGGAUAUCACCCUGGAGUCAGAAAGAAAGAGGAUAUUUAAAGACUUUAUGCAUGUUUUGGAGCAUGAGUGCCAGCACCAUCACUCCAAAACCAAGAAACACUCAAAGAAAUCCAAGAAGCACCACAGAAAGCGCUCCCGCUCUCGCUCAGGAUCUGAAUCCGAGGAUGACGAGUAUCACUCAAAGAAGAAGAAGCGUUCCACGUCAAAGUCCCCAUCUGAGCAUUCGUCCUCAGGAGAGUCCGAGAGAAGUUAUAAAAAAUCCAAGAAGCACAAGAAGAAGGCAAAGAAGAGGCGUCACAAGUCGGCGUCCCCUGAGUCGGAUGGAGACAAGGACAGAAAGGGGAGAGACAAAGACAAGGAGAAGGAGAACGAGAAAUCCAGAGGGAAAACCCGGGCCGAAUCCAAACAGAAAUCCCCCAAGAGGAAAGCGGCUAAAGAGGAGGGGGGGUGGGAGACCUCAGGCAGUGAACUAAGUGAAGGAGAACUGGAGAAGAGGAGGAGAACUCUUCUGGAGCAGUUAGAUGCACCAUAGACGACCUUUCACCCGUCACCCCCUCUCUCUCCCUCUCUCUCUCUCGCUCUCGCUCUCGCUCGUUCAAACACGCAUUCCCCUUCAUGCGUCUCUGCAUACGUCUCUAUGGCAGUGCAGGCAGGACUCGGGAGCCAUGCAUGGAGGCCCUUUUUCUCUGCUCUGGAGUGUUGUGCAGAAUGUGAUCGCUCAGUAUUGAACGUCAGCUUGAACCUCCUUGGUAGCGUCUCAGGAGAUCCCCUCCAGACUGGGCUCGGCGCUAAGGACGUGUGGUUCAAGUCUGCACCAAGUUCUUUUCCAUCUUCCUUCCAUUCUCUUCUGUUCUGUUAUUCCCACCCCCCACCCCAUGUCUCAGAAGCUGUUUUUAUGUAGUUGUACAUUUUUGUUGUUGCCAAUAGUUUGGCCUUUAAAAUUGUUUACAGGCAAAUAAAAACCCCAUAAACACGGCCCGGCCGUUCAAACUCCGCUCCCUCUGUACAUUGUCCUUUCUGGGGGGAAAUCGGGUAGGUAUUGCUAUGAAUGAAAUCUUUUCAAAGGUAUUUUUACAAAUGUCGUACUUUGACUCUCACGAUGUAUUAAAACAGCCGUAGAAUUACUGA